GGAGAUUAGCUAUACUUAACCAUCAGAUGCUGUUUGGAAAAAGGUUUAUCUUCGAAGUGGCCUUGGUAAGAAGGAAAAAGAAUACACUCAAGGCUGGAGUCUGAAAGAUGAGCCACUUUGUAAGCUUUGUCGAAAGCAGUGCAUGGGUAAUAAUGCCAAGACACCUGAAUAUUUUGAAGAUCUUUUUUGUAACCUUGACUGCUAUCAAGAGUAUCGUAUGAGAACUAGCAGCCGAUUCCUUCGUCAGGAACUUUUCCAAAUUGAGCAAGGUGUGUGCACAAAUUGCCAAUUAGACUGUCAUAAGCUUGUUGUGCAUAUAAGACCUUUGUCCUUGGAAAGACGACAGGGGUACAUUGAAAAAGUAGCACCAAAAAUUGCAAAGCGGAAGAAGAUGCUUGAGAAGCUUGUCAACGACCCAAGUGAAGGCAAUGCAUGGCAUGCUGAUCACAUUGUUCCAGUAUAUAAAGGCGGAGGUGAAUGUAAUCUUGAAAAUAUGAGGACUCUUUGUGUGGCCUGCCAUCAUGACGUUACUGCUGUACAAUGUGUUGAACGACGCAUUAUAAGAGCAAAUGCCCGGAAACAACUAAAAGUUUUGAUGAAUGCCAUGAAAAAUAGUAUUGAGGAUCAUCGGCUUCAAGGCGGACAAGAAAGUCUACUUGACGAUGAGGUUUUAGUCAAGGUUCCUGGAAGUUCCUAUUCUCUUGCGAACAUCCAAGAAAGUGGAGAUGCAGCCUGUUAAGGAUCACAAACAACUACAUAAAUGGUCGCAAUUCAACCGAGUUUGUUGUAAAUUAAAAAUUAUGGGGAACUGCACAUGGUGCAGUUGCAACUACCAGAGAUGAUCGUAAUCUGCUUGGAAGUGGUUAUCAUGGUAUGGUGUACUUCGCAUCAACCUUGUUUAUCCUUAUUUUAUUGCGGUCGAACAUUCUAUUUUAACUGCACAGCCUAUGAAAAAAAUUCCUUGAGGAAAUUCUUUUGAAGAAUAGCAUCUUGUCCAGUUUGAAAGCGAGCAAUAGUUAACAUGUGAACAGGAAGCACUCAAGCCUGAGAUUAAGAUAACCACGGAAGUGUAGUGGCAGAGUUUGGGUUCAUCCUUAUGUAAACAUAUCAUUGAUUUCAACCAUUUUUUUGUGUAUAGUGUAUUAGGGAAACGUUGAUCUGAAAUUACAUGGCCAGAUUGUUGUGCCAUGGUUCAUGUUCUGAUGAAUUAUAUAAUAGUUUCCAAAUGGAAAUAUAAUAUUGAAAUUGUACAUUUAUGUAAUACUAUCGAACAUGUAAAAGAAUAUCCAUUUUUUUCAAAACAAACAGAUAUUGGAUGGAAUAAAGUGACAAGGACUUGUCUUCUGUCA